AUGUAUGUGGGUGGGAUAGCUGUGGCUUCGUUGCCGAAUAAUACGGAUACGUAUAUUGUUCUUAUUGCGUCGGGGAACUAUACGGAGCAAGUGAACGUCACCCGCCGGGGUCCAACCUAUCUUUUGGGUCAAACUAUGAACCCCAUGAAUCAGUCCUACAACACAGUCAACAUAAUCUGGCGAGCAAUCGCCGUCACCGGUCUCGACAACGCCUUCACGAGCACCUUAACCAUAGCACCGAACCUCAACGCCUCUCUCACCGGCAGCGGGACGACAGGCUUCGCCGUCCCAGCCGACACCCCCUUCGGCUGCGUAGACUUCAGAACCUACAACCUGAACCUAAUCAACGACUACGCACCCUACUCCGACGACCCCUCCCUCGCCCUCUCCAUCUCCUACGCCAACGGCGGCUUCUACUACACCGGCUUCUACUCCUACCAAGACACCAUCUACGUCGGCAAGCUCGGCAACGCCUACAUGCACAGCAGCACCAUCGCCGGCGAGACGGACUUCUUCUACGGCUUCGGCACCCUAUGGGUACAAUCAUGCUCCAUCCUGCUCCGCAACUGCGGGGGCGGCAUCACGGCCUGGAAAGGCACCAACACGACCUUCGAGAACAAGUACGGGGUCUACAUCGUCGACUCGGCCGUGCACGCAGCGAACGCGUCGAUCGCGGCGGUCAUCAAGGGCAAGUGCGCGCUGGGCAGGCCGUGGAAUGCUAACAUGCGGGCGAUUUUCGCGCGGACGUAUCUCGAUGCGUCGAUUUUGAGUACGGGGUUUAUUGAUUGGAAUCCGGCGCGGUAUGAUAAUUAUACGUUGCAAGCCGAGUAUAGGGAUUUUGGGCCGGGGUACAACGUUACGGGGAGGGAGGUGGCGAGGUUUGAUGUGCAGUUGAAUGAGAGUGGGUGGGCGCCGUACAGUAGUCCGCAGAAGGUCUUUCAGUAUCAGGGGACGGGGAGGUUUGGGAAUACGGGGUGGAUUGAUUGGGGGUUUUAUUGA